AUGGAAUUCGUCCUGGCCGAGCGCUGGCUAGGAGAAGCUCCCACUAAGAGAAUGGACAAAGAUGCAGAAGCUCUGAAGGCAGCCAGAGCAGAACUCUGUGAGGCCAGGCGGCAGUGGCACCACAUGCAGAUCGAGAUCGAAUCUCUCCACGCUGUGGAAAAGGGUCUGGAGCGCUCCCUGCGUGCCACGGAGCAGCAGUACCAUAUGCAGCUGCAGAACUUGGAAGGGGAGAUUGAGUGCUUAGAGAAAGAGCUCCUGGACGUCAGGAGGGGCAUUGAGAAGCAGCUGCAGGAGCAUGAGAUCCUGCUGAACACCAGGAUGAAGCUGGAGGAGGAGAUAGCCACCUACCGCAGCCUGCUGGAGCAAGAGGAGAACAGGUUUGGCUGCUCCGUCCCUGCCCCCAAGGAGGACAAGAAGCCAACCACCAGCAAGAUCACCUUUGUGCUGCCUGCCUAUGGUGCAAAGGAGAAGCAGAAGGGGGCUGGGAAGGUGGAGCUGCUGACAAAACAAGCAGUGCUGGAUGGAAAUGUCUUGAAGGAAAGUGCUGAAGCUCAUGGCACUGUACAGACAGAAAAAGUAGAUGAGGUGAUCAAGGAGUGGGAAGGGUCUUUCUUCAAGGACAACCCGCGGCUCAGGAAGAAGUCAGUGUCGCUGCGCUUCGACCUGCACCUGGCAGCCACGGACGAGGGCUGCUUGCACCCCAAGAAGAAAACUCUCCCUGACAUCGAGGUCAGGCUGGUGAUGAGGAGGUCUUGCAGCAUCCCCUCCAUCAAACCUUAA